GGAGUGAGGGGAAGCGAAGCCGUGCGCGCGCGCUCCUCUCCUUUCCCAGAGGCCGGGCCACAGCGCGCGCGGCCCCGCUACCCCGUCCCCGUCCCCGACCGCCUCUCCUCCCCUCCCGUCCCGGAGACGCCGCGUUGCGAAGCGCGCCCCCGCCGAUCGCGUGGUCUGCUCCGCUCCGCUCUCCCCUUCCAUAUUGCUGCAGCCCAGAGCACGGAGCCCGGGUUGCCCCCGGGGGGGAAGAGGAGAGGGAGAGGAGUGGGAGAGGCAGAAAGAAGAGCCGCUGGGCCCCAGGCCUUCAGGGGUGGGGGGUGGCGGGGGGAGCCUACGGCCCCAGGCGAGGAGACAAGACAGGGGUUCCCCCCCCCCGCCCCGGCACCGUCGCCGCCGCUCGGGGCCUGGGCUUCUCGACUGCUCCCUCCGACGGGGAGAGAGAGAGGGAGGGAGGAAAAGGAGGGGGCCGCGCCCGGCUGCUCGGCUCGAGUCCCCCCCCGACACUCCCCUCCUGCUCCGGCCCCCGGGGACGGAGAAGGGGGCAGCCCCCUGAGGCAGCCUUCCCGGAGGGGCGAGUGGCAAGGCCGGGCAGCUUCAGGAAAGUUUGAGGCGGCGGCGGGCGAGAGGGGUGGGGGCGAGACUGCCGCGGCGCCGGCGGGGGCUUCGGUUCGGGAGGCAGGCGCUCCUAUGGCCACCGAGGUGGAGUCGCUCCCGCCGGGCAACCCCCUCCUUCAGGCCGAGGAGCACGGCGGGCUGGUGAUGAAGCAGCCGCCGCCGCCGGCGCCGCCGCAGCAGCAGACGCCGCAGUCCGAGGGGAAAGGAGAGCCUCUGGACGAAGGCGCCCGCUCCUCUCGGCCGCCCGGCUCGGCUAAGGCGUCCCGGGACGACGGCCCCCCGCCCGAGAGGGAGAGCCUGCAGUUGCCGCCGCCGCCGCCGCCCCGGGCCGAGAGUGACGGCGGCAGUGGGAGCGAGGAGGGCGGUGAGACUGGCCGCCGCGAGUUCGUAGAGGCCCCUCCGCCCAAGGUGAACCCGUGGACGAAAAACGCGGGACCUACGGCCUUGGUCACCGUGAACGGACAGUCCCCGCCAGAGCAUUCAGCUCCGGCCAAAGUGGUGAGGGCAGCCAACCCCAAACCUCGAAAAGGUAGCAAGGUUAGUGAUUUUGGAGAUGCUACCAACUGGCCCACACCUGGGGAGAUAGCCCACAAGAGUGUUCAGCCCCAGCCCCAUAAGCCAGCUCCACUUCGCAAACCACCCCUGAAGAAGGACAUGAAGGAACAGGAAAAAGGAGAUGGGAGUGACAGUAAGGAAAGUCCAAAGGCUAAGUCAGAUGAAUCUGGAGAAGAGAAAAAUGGGGAUGAUGAUGGCCAGAAAUCUGGACAAAAGAAGAAAGGGAGCAAACACAAGUGGGUUCCAUUGCAAAUAGACAUGAAGUCAGAUGUGGCCAGAGACAAAACUGCUUUACGUACCAACCGCCAGAAUGAGCAGCUUCGCCACCCGUCUGCCAGCCGUGGUGAGGUCAAAGGACUGAGCCAAGGCCCUCCCUCUUCCCCGGGGUGGCAUCCGGACAACAAACAGGAAAGGGCCUGGCCUGACCAUGAUGAGACGUCAAGCGUGAAGAGUGAGGGGGGAGCCAUUCGGGGCGCGUUCCGGGGCCGAGGCCGGGGGCGAGGCAGAGGCCGGGGCCGAGGCCGGGGCAACACUCGAUCCCACUUUGAUUACCAGUAUGGCUACCGAAAGUAUGACUGCUCUGAUGGCUCUCGAACCCCCAAGUACCAAAGUAACAUUACUUAUUACUUUGACAAUGUGAGCAGCAAUGAUUUAUAUAAUGUGGACCAGGAACUGCUGAAAGACUACAUUAAGCGACAGAUUGAAUACUAUUUCAGUGUGGACAAUUUGGAGCGAGAUUUCUUCCUACGGCGUAAAAUGGAUAAUGACGGUUUCCUUCCCAUCACCCUCAUUGCCUCCUUCCACAGAGUGAAAGCCCUCACUACUGAAGUGGGCCUCAUCAUCCAGGCCUUAAAAGAUAGCAAGGUGGUUGAGAUUGUAGAGCAGAAAAUCCGAAGGAAGGAGCAGCCUGAGAAAUGGCCCCUACCAGGACCCACGAUGACAGAUUAUUCCCAGACUGACUUCUCUCAGCUCAUCAACUGCCCCGAGUUUGUGCCCCGACAGAGUUUCCAGAAGGAGACAGAAUCAGCCCCAGGUUCUCCACGCUCGGCCACCCCUGUGCCAACUAAGACAGAGGAGGUCAGCAACCUAAAGACGCUACCAAAGGGCCUCUCAGCCAGCCUGCCAGACCUAGAUUCAGAAAAUUGGAUAGAGGUAAAGAAGAGACCUCGGCCCUCUCCAGCUAAGCCCAAGAAAGCAGAGGAGCCCAAGUUCCUACAACAAACAGCUCCACUUCAGCAAUUGAAAUCCAAGGACCAAGAUGAGCCAGAAGAGUUAGACUUCUUGUUUGAUGAAGAGAUGGAACAGAUGGAUGGGCGGAAGAACACCUUCACUGACUGGUCAGAUGAGGACUCGGACUAUGAGAUUGAUGACCGGGAUGUCAACAAGAUCCUCAUUGUCACACAGACUCCACCUUACUUACGGCGCCAUCCUGGGGGUGACCGUACUGGUAACCAUACCUCCCGGGCCAAGAUGAGUUCAGAGCUGGCCAAAGUUAUAAAUGACGGGCUCUUCUACUAUGAGCAGGAUCUGUGGACAGAGAAGUUUGAGCCCGAGUACUCCCAGAUUAAGCAAGAAGUUGAGAACUUCAAGAAAGUAAAUAUGAUUAGUCGGGAGCAGUUUGAUACAUUGACCCCUGAGCCCCCUGUUGACCCCAAUCAAGAAGUCCCACCUGGACCUCCACGAUUCCAGCAAGUUCCCACAGACGCCUUAGCCAACAAACUGUUUGGUGCCCCUGAGCCCUCAACCAUUGCCCGAUCUCUGCCAACCACUGUCCCUGAGUCACCGAAUUACCGCAACACCAGGACUCCUCGGACCCCCCGCACCCCUCAACUUAAAGAUGCAAGCCAGACGUCCCGAUUUUACCCAGUGGUGAAAGAAGGAAGAACGAUAGAUGCCAAGAUGCCCCGAAAAAGGAAGACACGGCAUAGCUCAAACCCACCUAUGGAGUGUCAUGUGGGAUGGGUCAUGGAUUCCCGUGAGCACAGGCCCCGGACAGCAUCCAUCAGCUCCAGCCCUUCUGAGGGCACCCCAGCUGUUGGCAGCUAUGGCUGCACCCCACAGUCACUACCCAAGUUCCAGCAUCCUUCCCAUGAGCUGCUCAAAGAGAAUGGCUUCACACAACAUGUCUACCACAAGUAUCGUCGGCGCUGCCUUAAUGAGCGGAAACGGCUAGGCAUUGGCCAGUCCCAAGAGAUGAAUACCCUUUUCCGCUUCUGGUCCUUCUUCCUCCGGGAUCACUUCAAUAAGAAAAUGUAUGAAGAGUUUAAGCAGUUGGCCGUAGAAGAUGGCAAGGAGGGCUACCGGUAUGGUUUGGAGUGCCUUUUUCGAUAUUACAGUUAUGGUCUGGAAAAGAAGUUCCGACCUGAUAUUUUCAAGGAUUUCCAGGAUGAGACUGUGAAGGACUAUGAAGCGGGGCAGCUGUAUGGGCUGGAAAAGUUCUGGGCCUUCUUAAAAUAUUCCAAAGCCAAAAACUUGGAUAUUGACCCCAAACUUCAAGAAUACCUCGGCAAAUUCCGACGUCUAGAAGACUUCCGAGUGGAUCCCCCCAUGGGUGAGGAAGGCAGCCACAAGAGGUACGCAGCACCGGCAGGAGGAGAAGUCAGGAAACGGUAUCCGUCCCAGUCUUCCAGCAAACCGGUCACAGCGCCCAGCCAAGCCCAUGUCCCACCUGCCAGUCAGUCUACAAGGGAAGAUGCCAAAAUAUCAAGCCAGCCCUCAGACAUACAGACUUUGGGAAAGUAAAGGGCUGUUUCCCAUUUGGACUUGGGGAAGGAAGUAGACAAAGAAGGUUAUGAGAAUGGAGAGGUUGGAGUGAAGGUGGACAAUCCAAGAACAGGCCACUGUAGUGCACACAACUUGACAAUAAGAGACUGGCUUCUGGCCACUGUGAUGACCCAUCAAAAGGAGACUCCCAUCCCCACCCCCUACUUUUCCCUCACAAGUCUUCAUGUCUCAACUUAUUUGGCCCGGGGUGGGAAGGAGAAGAGUUUGAGAGAGAGAGAGAGAUAUAGAUAUAUAUAUAUAUAUAUAUAUAUAUAGAUAGAUAUAUAUAUAUAUGUGUGUGUGUGUGUGUGUGUAUGUGUGUGUGUGUAUGAGUCUGUGUGUAUAUCUAUAUGAGAGAUACAGAUAUACACACACACGCAUAUAUAUAUGUUUUUAAGUUAUUGACAGAAUUUCGUCCAUAUUACCAAAAUCACUCUUCAACUCUACAGCUGGCAGCCCACAGCCCCUGCUACCUGAUCACAGAGACUUUUUCCUCUCUUCUGUCCCAUCAGUUCUACUAUGCAGCCUGCACAGAGUCCUAGAGUGCCAUCCCACCAACCCAUGCCCAGGCUGGCGUUAUCCUGUGGAAACUGCCAAUUUCACAGUCAAGCGGCGAUUUCUCCCGUUUGAGAGCCGUAGACCUGCCUGGCUUCUCGGAGAAUGAUCUUCACCUUCAUCUGGUGGCCUCUACCACCAUUCCUUAGGCCUCCUUUCCUUUGCCCCCUUCCCAGUCCUCUCAUCCCUGCUUUGCCCUUCGGACCUGCAGACCUUGGAGGAGGAAACCAAAGGAUCCGGCCUGGGGCUGGCCCAGCAAGUGGCUGCUUGGGGAGGGAAGGCAGGGCCCUUCCCUUUUCUCACAUACACUUUCCAGUCCCUGACCCUUCCCCAAGCCCAGAGAGACGCUGCUCACUGAAGAAGAGACCCUGUUAAAAGAUGAUUUAUUUUAUUUUACUUUUCUGUCCCUUGAAAAAUGACAAAAAAAGGACAAAACUUACCACAAAAGACCAAAAAAAAACCCCAACCCCAAGCCACAAAAAGCGACUUCUUGCCCUUUGUUCUUUUGUCCUUAAAAAAUAAUAUUUAAAAAAAAGUUGCCUUAUUGUGGAGUGGGGAUUUUGACACACGCAUGGCCUGUUUUCCUCUAUGGAGUCAGAAAUCUGGCCUGGGAUCACAGACUAAAACUGACUUGACAUCAGGAGUUCUUGCUCUGGUCCUUGGCUGGCUGGAUACAAUUGAGUUUCAACGGGCUGGAAAUCUCCCUUGGGACUGAGAUACCACCUGCACAGCACCCUUCUCCUUCCACCUCCACCCCCACCUCCUGUGGCUAGGAAGGAGAGCCACAGCAGGGGAAGGGCCGCUCCCCCUGGAUACCUGCAACGUGUAAUUUGAAGCUGACAUUCUCUGUAUGUACUGUGCUGUUGUGCCACCCCCCAUGCCGCCCCCUGCCUUUCUUUCAUAUGCCUCUGGAACCAGGGUCCUGAACAUCCGUUGAGAAGAUGUGGGCCCCAGAGUGACACCCCUUUCCCCCAUCCUCUUGAUUUCGAUCAGGGAAGGUGGCAGCAUGGGUGCUGCAGAAUCAAUGAGCUCUAGUCUUAUGUCAGCUCCUGCCUUUUGAACUCCAUGUGCUUCCUGUGGCAGUAGUAGGGGACAGAGCAUAUCCUCUGGGUGGCUUGAGAGGUAGGUUGAAUUGGCCAUAGGACUAUUGAAGACAAAGUUCCCUUUGUCCGUGUCCCCGUUUGCUUCUGCCUUCUGGAAUUUGUCCAGUCUGUGCAGUGUGGAACCAUGGAGUAGGCUUUGGCCUCCCCUGGAGGCCAAGAUAGUUCUCUCAUGCAUUUCUCAUGGUACAUACGUAUUUGGCCCCUGCCUUUUGUCCUGUGCCUAGCUCCCUAACUGCAUAUCUGCUUGGCCUUUGGCCUCCCCACUCCCCAAAGGAAAAAUGUAGCUACAUUUGUGGGAAGGUGGGAGGAGUGGUGUUACAAAAGUCAGAAUUGGGAGAAUCUCCCAGGACAAACCACCCUGGCCAUAUGGUAAAAGCUACAUGUGGACUUGAUGCUCUAGCAGCCACUCAGCUGCUAAUCAUUUGUCAGGUUUCUGGGUGAUGAUGGGACUAAAAGGAUGAGUGGAACAGAACUCUCCCAUCAUGAGCAAGGAUGGGUGAUGGAUAGCAGUUUGGUGUCUCUGUAAUCAAAGAAGGGUGGAGGAAAGGAAAGCACAAAGGGAAAUGGAUGUCUUCAGCACUCUCAGUCUUACAAUUAAGUUCCCAUCCCCCAUCCCCACUUCUUCCCCAAGCUCUAAAGUUCUUCGUUUGUAGGUCCAAAUCAAUAUUUGGAGGGUAGGAAACUAUUUGAUAGAAGAGCCAUUGACAGAAUUAGCCUCUGUAGUCUAUUGUUGGACUGGAACUAGCUUGUCUGCUAAAGGGGCCUAAAACAGCACCCCAUCUUUUAUUUUGUUCUCAGCUGCUCCCUCAUUCUAAAAGCAUCUUGUGUUUUGUCCUUUCUGUUAUGUGUGGCCUAGGAAUUGGUCUAUAAGCUCCUCCAACUCUCUGGGAGCCCAUUCACAUCUAAGGCAACAGAGUUGGCAAUGGAGGUGAAUUUGCCUAGCUUUCAUCAGGGCAAGGGCUUCUGAGGCCCUCCUAGCCCUGGUCUGGUGCUUGCCUUGGCAAUGGACUCCACUGGGCAUUUUCCCCACCUCCAUUCUUUCCCUUCAGACUGACCAGCUCUGGUACUGUAUCUCUGAUGCCACAGUAACCUCAAAGCUCAGUCCUCUGCCAUACUUGGGGUUGGAAAGCAAGGACGGCCAGGAUUAGCUAGAGGCAGGGUAACUUCCCACCUCGGCCAUCCUACAGUGACUGGAUACCCAGGUGGCCUGCUGGGAUUUCCCUGUGAUUUUCCAUAGUCUCUACUUAGGUCAACCACCGGUUUUCUGCAUUCUGUCCCUGGGCCCAUGGUGGGAGUCUUGUGAAACUGCCCCUUUUAGUCUCCUUGACUCCCUACAAGGAAACACCCUGAAAGAAUGUGCUCUAGGUGGGAAUGUCAGCACUACAUCUCAGCUCAUGGGUGGGGGGAUGGGGAGUUUUUUUUUUUUUUUUUUUUUUUUAUUGUUUUAGGGUUAAUGUUUCAAAGAGUAGUUUACAUCUUCACUUUUCUGAAGACACUUGAAUCUAGGACCGACUUAUCUGUGACAAGCAUGCCAGGGGGGCUAGGACCUCCAGGCCUGCCCUUCCAUCUUCCCUCAAGAACCCCAAGACCUGAGUCACAAAGCAGCUCUUCAUUUCCUCCCACAGCGCCCAUCCCACCCACCCCAUCCUCUACUCUACAAAACAAAGUUGUAACAUGUCCUGGAUGGUUUCCACUUAACUUUCCCUAGGUUGGCUUGUUCCAGUAAGAACUUUGGUAUUAGCGUCUGAAUAGUGCCUCUUGUCCAGUCCUACCCUUUGUUCUAGUUUGACAACUGCUUACCUUCCCUCCUGGUUUGUCUUUGGGAGAAAAUGCACUACCAAUUCAGAUAUUCCCCCCACCUCCAUCCCUAGCCUGGGCAGCUGUGACUCAGACAUGGAUUGGUGCUGAGCCUUCUUAGGAAAAUUGUUUUGUUACAUUAUAACUUAGUUUUUUCCUUUUUGAAAUUUUGCUUUUGCAACAGGAAAAAAAAAAGCCCUGGCUGCUCAGAGAAGGGAGAAGCCAGCUCACCUGGGGCCAGGGAUACAGGGGUAGAGGGGACAAGCAGGGGCCAAUGACUGAGCUACACAUGUUUAAUUUAAUCAGAGCUCAGGCUGAGCAUUUCAUUAAGUCUGGCUUCUUCCAAAUUGGAAUCCAUUGUUGUCCCAGGUCAGAAGGGGAUUGAUUACUUAGCUUCCCCCUCAAAAUUAAGAAAACAAAACAUCCUUUUUCAGCCAUGUUGAUGGUAAAGGCAAAACUUAUAGCCUGUUUCCCCACCAGAGAGGAAAACGUCCAGCUUUGCUGUAAAGGACCCACCUUUCCCUGAUAGGACAUAAUCUUACCAUGUGCUAGAACAUCACAUUUAAAAGGACAAAAAAAAAAAAAAAAAAAU